AUGGAACACACCGGCAAAUCUUCGAUCUCCACCGACCGCAAGACCAGUGAGAAGACCGUCGACUCCUCCGCGUCUGUGAAACCAAACGGGAAGUCCAUUGAUGCCUCCGUGACUGUGAUGAAACCUAACGAGAAGGCUGCUGUUUCAUUUGCCAAUCCGAUGAACCCAGACGCUGCUACCGCUCUCUCCUCCGCGUGUGUCGACCAAGUGAUGUUGUUCAGAGAUGUUUCCCACGGCCCACGCGAAGCUGACUCGAGGUAUCGUUUGAUUCACUUCUGGGAGGCUCGCAAUCCAAACACGAAAACCCUUAUUGGACAAGAGAUGCUCCUUAUCGACGAAGAGGGUACCGUUAUUCAGGGUUUUGUCCCAGCCGGACGUGUUGGGACAUUUGAUCUGGUAGCUGGUUCUGUGUAUAACCUGAGCAACUUUUUCGGAUCCAGAAGCAAAGAUCAGUAUCGGGUUGCUGAUCAUGUCGCCACCCUGGUGAAUGGACAGAGAAUCACGGACCAUAUGAUUCUUGACGAAGUUGACAUAGCAGAGAAGCGGCAUUUAUGUGUUCAUGUUCAGACACAUGACGGACCGGUUAUGAAGCUUUAUCUGUGGGACAACGCUGCAGCCGACUUCUGCCAUAAAUUCAAGUCGUAUGGAAGCACUCCAAACGUUCUUUUGGUCACCACUGUGAACCCAAAACAUCUUGGAGGAACCCUUGCUCUCACUUCUAUGUCAUCGUCUCGGGUGUUUAUGGAUGUCGAUGUUCAGCCUACUAGAGAUUAUCUUGAAUGGUUGAAUUCCAACUCUGAUAUUGCUAAUAGGGUUGCUGCUGAGCUUGUCACUAAGCCUGAGAUAGUGACUCUUGAAGAGCUAUUCUCUUACAUCAAGCAAGACUCUUCUAAGGUUGCUUGGUUUGAGUGCAUGGCGACUAUAGAUGAUGUUGUCCAGGGUUCUGCAUGGUAUUACAUCUCCUGCGGUGGAUGUAAUAGCAAGGCGGUCAACGGACCUACUUCUCUGAUUUGCAACAAUAAGAAGUGUGUGAAGACUGAAGUCACAGGCGUACCUCAGUACCUCACGAGGAUUUCUGUGUAUGAUAAGAGUGAACAAGCAGUUUUUGUCAUUCUUGGUGAUGCUGGCAAGGAGCUGACUGGAGCUGAUCACUGCGUGCCUGUUCCGCAAGCUUUGCUUGAUACAAUAGGGCAAACACGCAAGUUCAUUGUGAAGGUCUCGGAUCAUAAUCUGACAGGUAAGACUCAGACUAUAACUGUCACCAAGAUACUCCCACCAGAAGCCCCGCUGCCGUCGACCGUAGGUGUCGAGUCUGGUUCUUCAGGAAGCUCUGGAGAUACUGCAGGUGAUAGGGCCAGAAAAGCCUCUGAGAUCCUUGAGGCAGAUGAAGCAAAACGUCCCAAGAGUGGCUAA